GAAGGUUUAAUUUUGACGAUGGAGGGUCCUACUGCGGAGGCUGGGAGGACGGCAAGGCGCACGGCCAUGGCAUCUGCACCGGCCCCAAGGGCCAAGGCGAAUACACGGGCUCGUGGAGCCACGGCUUCGAGGUGCUGGGCGUCUACACCUGGCCCAGCGGCAACACGUACCAGGGCACCUGGGCGCAGGGCAAGCGCCACGGCAUCGGCCUGGAGAGCAAGGGGAAGUGGGUGUACAAGGGCGAGUGGACGCACGGAUUUAAGGGGCGCUAUGGGGUGCGGGAGUGCACGGGCAACGGGGCCAAGUACGAAGGAACCUGGAGCAACGGGCUGCAGGACGGCUACGGAACGGAGACCUACUCGGAUGGAGGCACGUACCAGGGCCAGUGGGCCGGCGGCAUGCGCCAGGGCUACGGAGUGCGGCAGAGCGUCCCGUACGGCAUGGCGGCGGUCAUCCGCUCGCCCCUGAGGACCUCCAUCAACUCCCUGCGCAGCGAGCACACCAACGGCACGGCGCUGCUCCCAGACACUGCGCCCGCCGUGGCCGGCAGCCCGGCCGUGUCCCGCGGCGGCUUCGUCCUGGUGGCACAUAGCGACCCCGAGGUCCUCAAGGGCAAGAAGAAGGGGCUGUUCCGGCGCUCGCUGCUCAGCGGCCUGAAGCUGCGCAAGUCCGAGUCGAAAAGCAGCCUGGCGAGCCAGCGCAGCAAGCAGAGCUCGUUCCGCAGCGAGGCAGCCAUGAGCACCGUCAGCUCCACGGCCAGCGACAUCCACUCCACCAUCAGCCUGGGCGAGGGCGAGGCCGAGCUGUCGGCUGUGGAGGACGACAUUGACGCCACCACCACCGAGUCCUAUGUCGGUGAGUGGAGGAACGAUAAGCGCGCGGGCUUUGGUGUGAGCCAGCGCUCGGACGGGCUACGGUACGAGGGCGAGUGGGCCGCCAACAAGCGCCAUGGCUACGGCUGCAUGACCUUCCCCGACGGCACAAAGGAGGAGGGCAAGUACAAGCAGAACGUGCUGGUCAGCGGCAAGCGCAAGAACCUCAUCCCAUUGCGCGCCAGCAAGAUCCGUGAGAAGGUGGACCGUGCUGUGGAGGCGGCCGAGCGCGCCGCCACCAUCGCCAAGCAGAAGGCGGAGAUCGCGGCUUCCAGGACUUGCCACUCCCGAGCCAAGGCUGAGGCAGCCCUCACAGCGGCUCAGAAGGCCCAGGAGGAAGCUCGGAUUGCCAGGAUCACUGCCAAAGAGUUCUCCCCUUCCUUCCAGCACAGGGAGAAUGGGCUUGAGUGCCAGCGGCCGAAACACCGGAACUCGAGUGAUGACCUCGAGGUGGCCUCAGCAGGGAGCCCCCUGCCCCAGGAGAGCCCUGAGCUGUACCGGAAAGGCACGACGCCCUCGGAUCUGACCCCGGAUGACAGCCCCCUGCAGAGCUUCCCUGCCAGCCCCUCCGCCAGUCCACCACCGGCCCCCAGCGCCCGCAACAAGGUGGCCCACUUCUCCCGGCAGGUGUCAGUGGACGAGGAGCGGGCCGGGGACAUCCAGGUGCUCCUGGAGGGCCGCAGUGGGGACUGUGCACGCGACAGCUGGGCUGGCGACAAGGCCGGGGGCCCGCGGGGCGUCCGCGGGGGCGGUGCCCUCCGCAGUGGCCAGCCGGCAGAUGACCACCGCCCCCGGGGCCCAGGCCACAGGCAACCCGGCAACCCCCGGCCCCGGGAGCGACGGACGGAGUCGCCCCCCGCCUUCGCGUGGACUCCCCACCCACGGGCCGGCAAUCCCAGCUCGGGGGGCGGCAUGCUGCUGGCGCUGGACGAGGAGAGGCUGAGCAACUACGAGAUGGAGAUGAAGCCACUGCUGCGCGUGGACGUGGCCGCGCAGGGCGCACACCCCCACAAGAGGCGCUGGGGCAAGGGGGGCACGGGCCGGGGCCCCGCCGAGGACCGGGGCUUUGGGGCACCGAGACCACGGCCCAAGGCUCAGAACAAAGAGAACUUCCGGCCGGCACCCGCCUGCACCGAGCCUGCGGUGCAGAAGCUGGCGAGCCUGCGGCUGGGGGACAAGGCAGAGCCACGGCUGCUGCGCUGGGACCUGACCUUCUCCCCACCCCAGAAAUCCUUGCCUGUCGCCCUGGAGUCCGACGAGGAGAACGGGGAUGAGCUCCAGUCCACUUCGGGCUCGGCGCCAAUCCUGGUUGUCAUGGUGAUCUUGCUAAACAUCGGAGUCGCCAUUUUGUUUAUUAACUUUUUCAUCUGAUGGGAUUGUCAACGUUAGCAAAAA